GGGCGUGGUUUUAAUUGUGACGCGGCGCGCUUAAGUGGGCGGAGCCAAGCCCUGGAAGAAAAGGAAGGAGGCGAAUGCGUCGCAAUCGAGCGGUUGUGUUUGGGGCGGCGGCAGAGGAGAUCAGGAGGAGAUCCAGCUCUGGGGUUCACGCAGUACUGAUUAGGUACAAUGCUACUGCAAGAUCACUGUGGCCUCAGGAAGAGCUGCCAAUGGAUCUCAACCUGAAAAGGACAUAACCCAUGACCAGAGGAUCCAUGUCCCAUGCAUGCUGAGGAAGAAAAGGGAGCUCUGUCUGGAAUGAGUCCUCGGCAUGGCUUGGCCAACCCUUUGCACCAUGUCUGGGCCAGGCCUCCUCUUUUUCCAGCUCUUCUAUCUAUUGGUGGUUGGCUGGGCCCAGGGAGAGGCUCCUGACAGCCCUUACCUUAUCAUCGGCGAUGGGACCAUUUCGGAAUUCAGCUUCCCUGAGCACAGCCAGGGCGUCUUGCUGGUGUCCUCCCGCUAUCAGGGACCCGAAACUUUGCUGAUGGCCGAGUCCCUGGAGCCGACCGUGGUGGCUGUUGAGAACGUCAGUGCGUCCUGGGGCGGAGGCUUUCUGGUUGGAUUUCAGUCUGGCCUGGUUGGCCUGGCACCGCUGCAGCUACGCUUGAUGGAUCAGAGCCACCGCCUCAUCGAAGAACGUGCAGAUUUCCGGAUCCGGGUCCACGCUAGCGAUCCGGAACUGGUGGUCCGGUCAGGACUGGGCCAUUUCUCAGAGAACCCCAUCCUCUAUGCCCUCCUGCCCCUGAUCUUCCUCAACAAAUGUGCGUUUGGCUGCAAAGUGGAGGUAGAGGCCUUGCAAACCCUUGUGCGGCAGCCUCACCCGGUCAUACUGGGUAUAUUGGGCCAGUUCGUGGUCAUGCCCGUGUAUGGCUACCUCAUGUCUGUGGCCUUCUCGUUGCCGAAGCCCCUGGCCUUGGGGCUGGUUAUUUCCUGCUCCUCGCCUGGCGGGGGAGGAGGCUACCUGUAUAGUCUCCUUCUGGGCGGAGAUGUCACGCUGGCCAUCUCCAUGACUCUCCUUUCCACCGUGGCAGCCACAGGUCUCAUGCCGCUCUCUUCGACCUUCUACGGCUGGUUGCUUGGUGCGCACGAGACCCUCCACGUGCCCUUCCUGAAGAUCUUCAUCACCCUCCUCUUCAUCGCGGUCCCCAUCUCCUCUGGGAUGCUGGUCAAAUGUAAGCUGCCCCGCCUCUCCCGCCUGCUGCUGCUCCUGAUUAAGCCUUUCAGCUUCACGCUCAUCAUAGGGGGGCUCUUUAUGGCUUACCACAUGGGAGCUUUCAUCCUGACCAACGUGCAGCCCCCCAUUGUGUUGGCAGGGGUCACCGUGCCUGUUUUUGGUCUGCUGCUGGGCUACUUCCUGGCUUGGUGUUUGAGGUUGCCUGGGCCUCAGCGCCGGACGGUCAGCAUCGAGGUGGGGGUGCAAAACAGCCUGCUGGCUCUGGCUGUGCUCCAGCUCUCCUUCCAACGAGCCCAGGCUGACUUUGCCUCGCAAGCUCCUUUCAUUGUGGCCCUGAGCAGCACCUCGGAGAUGUUGCUGCUGGUUUUGGGGAACUUGGCCUACAGUAAGCUCUGCUCGAGUGGCUCCUGAGGACUCCUGGACAAACAGACGUAGAUACCAAAGAGAUCCAGCUUCAGGUGUGGCUGCGCGGAGGGACAGACACCAAAGGCCUUAGGAGCCUCACUCUCCAGGAGGCUGCGUGGGCCCAAGACCUUGGCUCUCAUCCUCUGAUGGGGCAGCAGCAAUACCAAAGGGGCCGUUCAGGGUGACACGCACUCUGAAGUCUAUUGUGUCUUGGGAAUCCACAUUGCCUGGCCUUCCUUUUUAAAAAAAAUAACAUGCUUGUUUUUAUACGCAGCAAGAGGUGCCUCUGAAGUGUAGGAGGUGGAGCUGAACAAACAGAGGUAGAGGAUGGGGUUCACCCAUUUCUUGUUUCAUGUUUACUUGGGAAUACAGGGUGUGAAUAAAGAGAAAGAGGCAGUAA